UUUUCUUGUAUAUUAUUAAGCUUCGGUAUUAUUAUUACAAAAAUGGUUGCCUAAGGCCGUCGGUCGCCGACUGUCCCCGCUGAAAUCAGUCAAGAUUCGAGAGUUUCCUAAAGUCUACGAAACAGCAAAUAAAACAACAAAAACUAACGGACGCAUCAUCUUCCUCCUUUCCCACUUCUGAAUUUCUUUUUGGGUCGAAACGGAUUGAUUCAAGUCCUGAUCUCCGUAGAUUCAACAGAUCGAAUUUCCGGGGAGUGUCAUCGCAUCAAAUGUGCGGCACAGGGCAGGUUGAACUUGUUAACCUGAUGUGAAAUGCAGCCGAACCUGUUUCCAUUUGGCAGUGCUCUCGGAAACCCUUUGGCGUUCGAUGGUGAUUUGAGCGAAGGAUUCGAGACUUCCAGGUUUCUCUUCUUUGUUCCCUUUUUAUUGCUGCAAGGAGGUGGAAUGGACUUGUCCAAGGUUGGGGAGAAGAUUUUGAGCUCCGUCAGGUCAGCUAGAUCGCUUGGACUUCUUCCUACCACUUCUGAUCGGCCGGAGGUUCCGGCACGUGCUGUGGCUGCAGCAGCUGUCGCGCGUGCGCUUGCAGGUUUGCCUCCUCACCAGAGAUUUAGUCUCUCAUCUAGCUCGGAAGAACUGAGCUCAAUAUAUGGCAGUAGAAAUCAUGGCCAAGAAGUAGAGGAACUAGAGGAAGUUUUCUAUGAAGAGGAAUUUGACCCGGUUAGGCAUGUAUUAGAGCAUGUUCCAUCAGAAGAAAAUGAUCUCGAAUAUUUGGAGAAACAGGCUACUAAGAGAUUAGUUCAACUUGAUAAAGUGGCUGAACGUUUAUCUCGCCAUGUAAUGGAGCAUCAUGAAGUGAUGGUGAAGGGGAUGCAUUUGGUCAGGGAGUUGGAAAAGGACUUGAAAAUUGCGAAUGUCAUCUGCAGGAAUGGGAAGAGACACCUAAAUUCGUCCAUGCUUGAAGUGUCCAGAGAUCUUAUUGUCAACUCUAACUCCAAGAAGAAACAAGCACUUCUGGAUUUGCUUCCAGUUUUGAGUGAGCUUCGUCAUGCUGUGGACAUGCAAUCGAUGCUUGAGAUCCUUGUUGAAGAGGGAAAUUAUUAUAAGGCUUUUCAGGUCUUAUCUGAGUAUUUGCAGCUAUUAGAUAGUUUUUCAGAGCUUUCAGUAAUUCAAGAGAUGAGUCGUGGCGUUGAGAUUUGGCUUGGAAGAACCCUGCAAAAGUUGGAUUCGCUUUUGAUAGAAGUCUGCCAAGAGUUCAAGAAGGAGGCCUAUUUAACCGUGGUUGACGCCUAUGCACUAAUAGGGGAUGUCUCCGGUCUUGCUGAAAAGAUACAAAGCUUUUUUAUGCAGGAAGUUAUAUCAGAAACCCAUUCUGCCUUGAAAGACAUUGUGCAAGAGGAUCAGGAUGUGCAUGUACAGAAUAGUAGGCUUACAUACAGUGAUCUAUGCUUUCGGAUACCUGAAUCGAAGUUUAGGCUGUGUUUAUUGAAAACGCUAGCUGUCUUAUUUACUUCGAUGUGCUCAUACUAUCAAAUCUUAAGCUUCCAACUGGAUACCAAGGAUUCAAUUGAACGAACUCCUAGCAUGAAGCAUCAAGAAGAUAAUUAUGACAUUAAGUUAGGAGAUUCUGAGGAAUCAACAAUCGAUGUCUCUUCGAUGGGGAGUACUGGAAUUACACAUUCUAUUUACAUGGACGAGGGUGAUUCCAUUAGGGAGUCCCGGACAGAUAGCAGUGCGGCAUCAACCAGUGGUUCUCCCUGGUAUCAUCUGAGAAAAGAUGCUAUAGAUUUUGUUUCCCAAACCCUACAAAGAGGCCGCAAGAACCUUUGGCAACUAACUACUAGUCGUGUGUCAGUACUUCUUUCUUCUGCUGCUGUUUGCUCGACGAGCAUUCAUCAAUUCUUGAAAAACUACGAAGAUCUCAAUGUCUUCAUAUUGGCUGGAGAAGCCUUCUGUGGAGUUGAAGCAGUUGAAUUUAGGCAAAAGUUGAAGAUUGUAUGUGAAAACUAUUAUGUUGCUUUCCAUAAGCAGAGUAUGCACGCUCUAAAGAUGGUUAUGGAAAAAGAGAAUUGGCUUACACUGCCGCCAGAUACAGUUCAAGUUGUUAGUUUUGCUGGACUUGUUGGUGAUGGGGCACCUUUGUUUGUUACAUCUGAGGGUAACUCGUCUAAUGGCAAGGUCCCACGUUCAGAUAAGUCAACAAGCUCAAUCAGUACAGGCAUGGAUAGAAGUGGUUUUUUGCAGUGGCUCAAUAGUGGAAAUCCAUUUUUACUUAAACUAAUACAUACUUAUAAGGAAGGCACACCAAAUGGUACCCAUUAUGGAGAAGUGGAUGGAAGUGUGGGUGGAAGUUCUCAUAGAAGUAAUGCCUCUCCAACUAAGUUUACAGACAAUCUUGCAAAUGGUGCUAAUACUGUUUCUGAAGAUGAAGAUGAAGAUCUUUUAGCUGACUUUAUUGAUGAAGAUAGUCAACUUCCAAGCAGAAUUUCAAAACCCAAACUUUCACGGAACCAUUGUUCUAACCACACUUAUGAUGAUAUUACAGCACAAACAGGAUCAUCCCUAUGCCUUUUAAGGUCCAUGGACAAAUAUGCAAGGCUCAUGCAGAAACUAGAAAUAGUGAAUGUUGAGUUUUUCAAGGGAAUGUGCCAGUUGUUUGAAGUGUUCUUCUAUUUUGUAUAUGAGACUUUUGGCCAGCUUAGCACCAGUUCUGGUGGAAAAGGCUUUCCAGACUCCCUCAAUUAUAAGUUGAAGACAGCUUUGUCACGAGCUGCACAGGAUUGUGAGCAGUGGAUAAGACCCCAUUCAUCUUCCCCAUCAGCUUCAAGUUCGACAUUUUCUUUCAAUGAAGUUACGCCAAGCCCUCCUGGCAGUAGCUUAGGUUACUUGCAUGGAACGUCUUUUGGUCUCAAGGAAAGAAGUGCAGGUGCUGACUCAUUAUCACUUGUGGCAAGAAUAAUGCAUAGGUCUAAAGCACAUAUUCAGUCCAUGCUUCUGCAAACUAAUGUGGCUGUAAUUGAAGACUUCUACGUAUAUCUGUUGGAUGCCGUCCCAUACCUCAUCGAGCAUAUUCAUAAGAAUACUGCAAGGCUGCUUCUUCAUGUCAGUGGUUAUGUUGAUCGGAUAGCCAAUGCAAAAUGGGAAGUAAAAGAGCUUGGACUAGAGCAUAAUGGGUAUGUUGACUUGCUAUUGGGAGAAUUCAAGCAUUAUAAAACAAGGCUGGCUCAUAGUGGAGUUCGUAAGGAGGUACAAGACCUUCUCUUGGAGUAUGGACUGGAUAUUGUUGCAGAAACUCUUAUAGAAGGUAUAUCACGAAUAAAGAGAUGUUCAGAUGAAGGACGUGCCCUCAUGUCAUUGGAUCUUCAGGUGUUAAUCAAUGGCUUGCAACAUUUCGUUUCAGCGAACGUGAAGCCUAAGUUGCAAAUGGUCGAGACCUUCAUUAAGGCGUACUACCUCCCAGAAACUGAAUAUGUACACUGGGCACGAUCUCACCCGGAAUACAGUAAGAGCCAAAUUAUUGGUUUGGUUAACAUGGUUGCAUCGAUGAAAGGGUGGAAGAGGAAAACUCGGUUGGAAAUAUUGGAGAAGAUCGAGUGAGCCAAUCAUAAUUUUGAAUAAGUACGUACGAACAAAGCAUUUGAAUCACCCCACUUUUUUUUUGUCUUUCUACCUCCCAUUGGUGUUCAUUAUAGGAAGAAAUAAUGUAUGUUAAAAAUAUUGUAAACCAUCUUAGUUCUUCAGUUUGUAUAGUUAUUAUUAAUAUCUUAUUUGAAGACCAUAAUUCUACAAUCAAAGAUUAAAAAUGUAAAUUCUGCAGACGAGUUGUUUAUGGUAGUAAAACGAGCAUAUAAAGCUAGUUUUAUUAAAAAUUUCUCAUGUAAUCUUCAAAUACUAUUUUGGUGAAGUACAAUAUUUUAUUUAUCCCUUCUUGCUUGUACACGUAA